AUGGAAAAGAACAUUAGCCACAACUUCUUCAAGGUCUUAUAUUCUAUCUUCUCACAAUACACAACAAGAAGAAAUGGCUUUCCACAUCCACUCCAACAGCUUCCCCUCAAGGCCACACCCGUUCAAGAAGUCGAUGAACAUUUGUGUGGAUUAAGAUCCUUCCGAGGUCACCUCCACAUCCUCCUCGUCAAUCAGAGCCACAAGCUAAGUGGCCUCCAAGACUUGCAUGAUUGUAUUGAUAGGUUGCUUCAGUUGCCCCUCACUCAACAAGACUUGGCCCAUAAUUAA